CCCCUCAUCUCAGUGUAUCAUUCCUCUCUCUCCACACCAGUCCUCACCUUUUUUUCCCCUUGUCCUGGCAGCACAUGUGCCUUGAGUGUGUGGUAGAACAUGUCCACUGAUGCACACCUUGCUUGAGGUCUGAGGUUAUAGGCUAUGCUCCUGCACUCUGCGGUGCUCUGUUGUGUUUGGACGUUUGACUGGCGGAAGAUUUGAUAAAUGAGACCAAUGCUCUAGAGGAUGUACUACGUGAAGAAGAAGUCCCAGUACAACUUGCUGAGCAGCAGCAUGGAGAGCCUGGGGAGCCGCGCCACGUCCGCCAGCCCCUACAGCUCCGAGAACACGUCUUCGUCGGCCGUGCCCACCCCUUCGCCUUACUCCCAGCCCAACUCCACCUUCGAGGGCCUGUCCCCUGCCCCGGCAAUCCCCUCCAACACCGACUAUCCGGGGCCGCAUGCCUUCCAGGUGUCCUUCCAGCAGUCCAGUACCGCCAAGUCCGCCACAUGGACCUACUCCCCUUUACUGAAGAAGCUCUACUGUCAGAUUGCCAAAACCUGCCCAAUCCAGAUCAAGGUGUCGUCCUCUCCUCCUCAUGGGAGCAUCAUCCGAGCUAUGCCAGUCUACAAAAAGGCAGAGCACGUCACAGAGGUCGUCAAACGCUGCCCCAAUCACGAACUUGGACGGGAAUUCAAUGAUGGUCAAACAGCUCCAGCCAGUCACCUGAUCAGAGUAGAGGGAAACAACCUGUGUCAGUAUGUGGAUGAUCCAGUCACUGGCAGGCAAAGUGUCUUUGUGCCCUAUGAAUCUCCGCAGGUUGGGACUGAGUUUACCACCAUCCUUUAUAAUUUCAUGUGCAACAGCAGCUGUGUGGGUGGGAUGAACAGGAGACCAAUUCUCAUCAUCAUUACUUUGGAAACCAGAGAUGGCCAGGUGUUGGGCAGACGAUCAUUUGAGGGUCGGAUAUGCGCAUGUCCUGGUAGAGACCGCAAAGCAGAUGAGGACCACUUCAGGGAGCAACAGGCCCUGAAUGACAACGUGGCCAAAAACGGAAGUGCCAACAAGCGCAAUUUUAAACAGAGUCCACCAAAUAUUUCCAGUCCACAUAUCAACAUACGGAAAAGACGGCAUGGAGAGGAAGAGAUUUACUAUAUUCCUGUUCGUGGGCGGGAAAAUUUUGAGCUGCUGAUGAAGAUUAAAGAUAGUUUGGAGCUGGUUGAGUUGGUACCACAGCCGCUGGUGGACUCCUACAGGCAACAAACGCAACAACAGCUGCUGCAGAGACCGAACCAUAUAGCAUCCCCCUCCUCUUAUUCUCCGUUGUCCAACAUGAACAAGAUGCAUUCACACAGCGGCCUUGGAAAGACACAGUCCCUCAACCAGAUGGUGGGGCACCAACCUCAGCAGCAUCCCAACGCCAACCCCACCAUUGCUCACAUGGGUCCGAGCAUGCUCAACAGUAACCACAUGCAGGGUAACGGUGACAUGAACAGUGGCCACAGCAGUCAGAAUAUAGUGUCUGCUUCCCACUGCAGCCCACCACCUUAUAACCCUGACCCCAGCCUUGUCAGUUUUCUCACCAGUCUGGGUUGUCAGAACUUCAUUGAGUACUUCACCUCACAAGGCCUCCAGUCUGUCUACCAUCUCCAAACCCUUACAAUGGAGGAUUUAGGUGCUCUGAAGAUACCCGAGCAGUCUCGCCAUGCAAUCUGGCGAGGUCUGCAGGACAUGAAACAAGGAGCUGUUCAUCAACUUCCCAACUCCACCCAUCACCACGAAUACCACGGCCAGCAGCUGCUUCGCUCCAGCAGCAACAUGGCAGCCUCGGCGAUGGCAGCUAUCGGGGCGGCAGGCGGGGAGCUGCAACGUCAGCGGGUCAUGGAGGCUGUGCACUUUCGUGUCCGCCACACCAUCACAAUCCCCAAUAGGCCUGGCGUUGUGGGGCCAUCUGGGAUGACCCCAGCUCCUGAUGAAUGGGCUGACUUUGGUUUUGACAUGCCUGACUGCAAAGAGUCCCGAAGCAAGCAUUCCAUCAAGGAGGAAUUCAUGGAGAGCGAUGUUCACUGAGACUGCACUUUUUUUUAUUUUUUUAUUUUUUUUUACAUCAACAUAAUUAAUUGCUUGUUUAUCUGCUCCAUCAGGAUGUCUGGUGGGUUCCGAUCUGUCCCAAAGAAUUAACUUCCAUUUGAAUUGUUGGAUUAUUCUCAGUAGCUUUAAAAAAUAUUUUCCUCGCCAGGAUAACAUACACAAUUCCACACAUGCAAAAUAAAUUACAAAUAUAACCAUGACUUUUUAAACUUUGAACCUACAACAAUUUUUUUCAUUCAUAAUGUUCACAUGCAGAAAGCCAGCCACCAGUUUGCGAGUUUUACGGGGUAUCUUUGUUUGUUUGCAUAUAAUUUCUUCUCAACUAAAUUAUUUAUUUUAUUUUCAGUUUUUUUCCUAACUUGUACAAAUGUAUAUAGAGUAUGUUGUAAAUGUUUUGGAAUAGAUGUGGUUAAAAGUAUUUAGAUUCUAAAUGAUGCUGUAUGAACCAAAUGUUUAGGACUGAAUAGUAAAACAAUGCGAUGGCUACAA